GGUAGUGUGUGUGUGUGUGUGUGUGUUUUCUUUGGUGGUUAAAAGACAAUGUCUAAAACUCGUGUUAACUGUCAGUGUCUGAUGACCUAUAUUCUCUGUCAUCACUUUGGCCUGAAAGGCAGUAAUGAUACAAUAUUACGUCGCCUGCUUCUUCUGGUAAAGCACAAAAGUUAUGAGGAAGACGCUGUAUAAAAAGGGUAAGGUUGUUGGCACUCUACUCACCCUUAAUUGCACGUGAAAGCAGACAGCUGUGCACUAAGAAAACACACGUGUGACAAGGCCACACCCACACUGUGAUGCGGCAAAGAGCGUAUAAAUGACAGGAGCUUCGAGGAGUAAGUCAGACUCCUGAGAGGAAAGCAAUCCACUCAACCUGCAACAAUCAAGAUGUCAACUCUGACUCUCCCUGCUCUCUUGUUGAUGCUCUCCCUCUUUGGGGGAAAAACAACUGUGGCUUUCAACCAGGUGAAAGGCAUGUUAUACAAAAAGUGUGAUGAAACACAAGUGAUCUCCAUGGUUGAGAGUAAAUAUGACGCGAGUUUCAAAGACCGUCAGUGGAAUACUGCCUGCAAAAACCUUAAACAGUUGUCAGAGUGUUCGUGGUCCCCGCUUUUUUUUCUCACUAGUGGUGAGAUCAAAUUCAACUGUCCAGCCAAUCAAGUGAUCAACGCUAUUUACAGUGGCUACGACCAUGAAACUAAGGAAAGAAAUUGGAGUUUUCGUUGCUGCGGGGCUUCCAACCUGGUCACCUUUGAGUGCAGUGAAACCCCAAUGAUUAACUUCUUCAAAGAAAAUUUUAUCUGGCCUGUACCUGGAGACAAUUACCUCACAGGCGUCACCACAUACUUCAGCAAUGGCGAUGGAGAUCAUCGUUGGGGAUUCAGCUACUGCAGAGGGAUAGACCUAGAUGGAGUUACCAUCAAUUCAAAGAUCAUCUCAUCAAACAGUCCAAUUUCGCACUACAUGGAAGAAGGAGAUGUCAUGAAGUCAACAAAAAGGAAUGCCAAUGUCUGUUCAAAUUGUAAAUGGCCAAAGAUAAAUGGGCUGGUCAAUGUUCCAUACAAGUUAACUGAGGACUUCAGCAGUGAUGAGAAACAGCAAAUCCAAAAUUCCAUGAGCAGCUUCCACCUGAACACCUGCGUUCGCUUUGUUCCUCAAAGUACCCAGAGCAGCUGGGUCAAUAUUGUGAAAAAUUCUGGAUGUUGGUCUUGGAUCGGUCGGACUGGUGGGAGACAAGAUCUAUCUCUGGGUUCAGGCUGUGUGACCCACGGCAUCAUUCAACAUGAAUUAAUCCAUGCCCUUGGGUUCUGGCAUGAGCAGAGUCGGACUGACAGAGACCUCUAUGUCAGGAUCCACCUGGAAAACGUCUUGGAUGGUUAUCAGCGUAACUUUGACCUCCAUGAGACAAACAACCUCAACGUUCCCUACGAUUACUCCUCCAUCAUGCAUUAUGGGUCACUGGACUUCUCAAGGAACAACCGCUUCACCAUCACACCCAUCCAGACCUCUGCCACCAUUGGGCAGAGGGUUCAAAUGACGGAAAAUGACAUCCUGAAGAUCAACAAGCUCUAUGACUGUGACAGUUACCUGCAUAAAGACGGCGAGUGGGACAACAAGUUAGGAGAACCUUUCACUACCAAGUGUCCCAGGGGACAAGCUAUAUCCCACAUCACAAGUUCCUACAACAGCCAGUGGAAAGAUCGAAACUGGGCCUUUAAAUGUAAGGGUUUUGAAGAAACCUGGCAGUGCUACUGGAGCCAGUAUGUGAACAAUUAUGCGACAGGUUUUGACUUUCAAUGUGGAGUAGGCAGCGCCAUCGCUGGUAUCCACAGUGUCUUCAACUCUGAAAUGAGUGACAGGAGGUGGAAGUUUUAUUGCUGCAAACCUUCCUUCUCACUUAUCGAGCACCAAGUCACACCCUUUUUUAACUACUGGCACGAGUAUUUCAGCUGGAAAGUUGCCGGAAAAAACUUCAUCACUGGAGUGAAGAGUAUUUAUGACACACAGGAAGGUGAUCAUCGCUGGAGUUUCAAGUACAGUCAGAGGGGGAGUUAAAGAAGAUCUCUGUCCAGCUGUCAGGAUACUUCACAAUUACCUCUUUCGAAGCAUACACUACGUUAAAAAGCAUAAAGAGAGGAGUAAUGAAUGGAAAGUAGCAAGGUAUAAAUGUGAAAUUAUGUACUGAAGCCCAACGUUGCAGACUCAAAGGUAACAAGUACUAAUAGCCUGAAAUGCAAUAAUCCUGAAUGUUACCUUGAAUUCAUCAUGAUGAUGAGCUGUGGCCCCCAGUGAAAUUUAAAAUAAUGUGAUUGUUUUGUUCGUAAAACUUUGUUUUACAGUGUAAAUAUCUUAUCUACAUUAGAUAAUAUCCUCAAAGUAUUUUAGCUUUGAUGUCUCCACAGAGUACAGGAUGUGAAUGAUGACAUUUGCAUGUGACAUUUGCAUGUGUCUGUAAAUCAGUUCUGGAUACUUGUUGAAAUGUACAGAAAUGUUUGUACAAUCUCUAUAAAUUGUAAAUGUAUGUAAAGAACUUUUUAUCUGAAAAUCAUAACAUUCUGUCUGAACUAAAUAAAUGUCUUUAUUGAAAAAC